AUGCAACCUGAUGCUGACCUGCCCAUUAGUGAUGCUUCUCGGGACACUGCUCUCAUUCGUGAGUGCCUUGAUCUGCUGCCUGCACCUCCGUGGACUAAGAUCAACCUCGACGGCAUUACAGAUCAAAUAACCUUUGCUCAAUGCCAUUUGAGUGAGGAAGGUGCUCUAGGUGUUUUGCACGUGAGCCGUCGCAUUGUGCUUGAUUUUGCUGCGCCACAGGGCUCAACUCCAAAAGCAACAGUCUAUCUUCGUGGAAAGGAAAUCAAAAAUCAAAGUAUAAGCAGCGCAAAUGACGUCAAAGUCUUGUUGCACGAGAUCGGAAGCAUGAAGCUGUGCCCUGGCUAUGGUCUGAAACCUAUGACAAAAACUUUUGUUUGUUUCAAUGGGUGCUACUUUUCAGCAAAAUGCUCUCUGAUUUCUGAAUCGCCCUGCUUGGCGUGCAAGUAUAUGCGUAAACUGAGCCAAAAUGCAGCCUCCAGGAAGAAAAGAAUCAUCAAAGCAAAAAAAUCAGCUUCGAAGAGCCGUGCUUUACGGGUACUGAAGAGGAAAUUGGCAAAAGCACAGAGUGCUGUUGAGAGCAUGAAAAACGAGAACGAGCAGCUGUCGAAAACAGACUUUCAACAAAGGAUGAGUGCUCUGCCUUCGAAACAGCAGCUUGCUGUUACAGCUUGCUUUGAAGCUGCCAGACGUAAGUCGGCAAAGGGCAUGCAGUACACGAACGAGUGGCUUCUUGAAUGCAUAUUAAUGCGCAUGAAGAGUCCGAGACUCUAUGAACACAUUAGACGACACAAGAUACUUGCCCUGCCUGGACGGACGUGCCUGCAAAAGCGGAUUCUUGGUUUCAAAGGCGGCUUCGGUUUUAACCAAAAAAUAUUUGAAGCCCUUUCUGAGAAGACGAAAUGUAUGGACAAGUUUGCAUGCCAUGGAGGCAUUGUGUUUGAUGAGAUGAAGAUUUCAGAGCACUUAGAUGUCAAGUCAACUGGCGACUUAGAGGGAUUCGUUGACCUCGCACAGUUUACUCCAGAAUCACAGAAGGGGCAAGUUUGCGAUCAUGGGAUGGCGUGA